UAGUUGCAAUUAGUUGUUCAUUUGUUUAUUUUAUUAAAUAAUUUAGUUGUGAUUUUUUACAAUAACUUGCCGGAUCUAAUAUUAUAAUCAACAUUACGGCCGUCAAUUAUAGGCGGCAAUUACUUGCAAUACUGUUGUGUAUAGUAAAGUAGAUACUGUUUAUGGACGUGCAAUGAUAAACAAUCGUUCUUAAACGCCGAACGCCGGUAAGCAAGCAGUGUGUUCGCCGGCUUGUUAACAUAGCGGACGUGUUAUUUUAAACGCUUUGAAAAAUUCAUAUACGCCCUGAAAAAUGUCUGGAGAGAGUUCUACUUCAAAUGGAAACAAUAAAAAAAUAGCUCUUAUAACCGGUAUCACUGGACAGGAUGGUUCAUAUCUUGCUGAAUUCCUGAUAGAGAAGGGUUAUGAAGUACAUGGUAUCUUAAGGCGCUCUUCUUCCUUCAACACGGGUCGCAUUCAACAUCUGUAUGAGCAGCCUGCAUGCCACACAGGGGGGCGGAUGCAUCUUCACUAUGGAGACUUGACAGACACCACAUGUCUUAUCAGAAUAAUUACAAUGACUAGACCAAAGGAAAUAUACAACUUGGGAGCGCAGUCGCACGUAAAAGUAUCAUUUGAAUUAAGCGAGUAUACAGCUCAGGUGGAUGCUCUCGGCACCCUGAGGCUGCUAGAGGCGGUACGAGCUGCGGGCCUCGAGAAAGAGACCAAAAUAUACCAGGCGUCCACGUCUGAAUUAUACGGGAAAGUUGUAGAAGUGCCACAGAAUGAGAAAACGCCGUUUUAUCCUAGAUCACCUUACGCCUGCGCGAAGCUGUACGGGUAUUGGAUAGUGGUCAACUAUAGAGAGGCGUACGGUAUGUUCGCGUGUAACGGUGUUCUGUUCAAUCACGAGAGUCCCCGGCGCGGGGAGAACUUUGUCACGAGGAAGAUCACCAGGGGAGUCGCAAAGAUCACCCUCGGGCUCAUGUCCCACCUAGAGCUCGGCAACCUGGACAGCAAAAGGGAUUGGGGACACGCUAAAGACUAUGUUGAGGCGAUGUGGCUGAUGCUGCAGCAGGAUGAGCCGGAAGACUUCGUAGUGGCGACCGGUGAGGCGCACAGUGUACGGGAAUUUGUAGAGAAGGCGUUCGCGUGCGUCGACAUCGCAGUGACAUGGCGCGGCGCCGGCGUCGACGAGACCGGACAUGACGCUAGCACUGAUAAACUUCUAGUCAGAGUCAACCCUAAAUACUUCAGGCCGACCGAAGUGGACCUAUUGCUAGGCGACCCGAGUAAGGCUCGCGCGUCGUUGGGGUGGCGGCCGCGCGUCAGCUUCGACCAACUCGUGCGGGACAUGGUCACCGCAGAUCUCGCGCUCAUGAAACGCAAUCCUGAGGCGUAACUGCACCACAACAUACUAUACUACACUAUACUGUACCACACUACACUAUAACACUUUACACCACACUACACUAUAACACACUACACUGCACUGCACUUUAUAAUCCCCGCUUUAAAUUGCUAAUGCGCCUGGUCGCCAUUUUGGUGACGUAAUUG